GUACAGUAUUAGUACUAAAUUUUCCAUUCAUGGUGUUUUUGUUGUCUCUCAAACACGCAGGCGGCGGUAUUUUGGCUCUCCUCGGGGUUUAAUCCGAUAUAUUAUUCCGAUUUUUUCGGUAGUGCGACAGGUUAACCGUGUGCUAUUCCUUGCGAAAAGUGUUCUUCAGCGGCCAGUGCAUCGUUUUCGAGUGGAAUUCAGAUUUCUAAUCAAGGGCGUUUGGAGUUCGCGUUUAGGCGAAACCGAGUCCGGAAAGCGCUGUGGUGGUUUCUUUCGGCUUGAAAGCUAAGACAGCGUCAGCUGCUUAGUGUGGGCACAUUUCGUAGGGGGUUACAGAGAAAAGGAAGAAAACUUGUUUGAAUUCAGAAGAAGAAAAGUAAAAAAACGGACUAAACGGAGUAAAACAAUACGGCGAGGAGUAAAAACUCCUAAACUUUGUUCCAGAAGAAAAUAAUAACCGAGCUUCAGACAAAACGACUAUUCUACUAACACGCCUUGAUAUUUGCGGUGCUUUCGGCAGUAGCAUAAAGAACAACAGCAACAACAGCAUGGGUGACGCUAUCAACUUUGGACCCGCGUGGCUGCGUAAAGUUGCUACUUUCGAUAGUAACGCUGUGAGCAGCAUCGGUGGACCACCCCAUAGUAACAUCAAUAAUAACACCAGCAGCAGCAGCACCACUAAUAAUCAGACGAUCAUCAGUAACAAUAAUAACAACAAUAGUAGCAGCUCGAUCUCGGCUGGUGGUGGGGGUGGAUCGACUAGUUCAUCGGCUGCCAAUGCAGCAGCAGCAGCUGCUGCUGCCGCCGCCGCUGCGGCAGCCGCAACCACAACGACCCGAUACGCAUUGGCCGAGUUUAGGUAUGGGAGGGAGGAGAUGCUGGCACUAUUCGACGUGAAAGCGGUUAAGACGCCAGAGAUAUUGGUUAACUUCAAAAACCUGUAUGUUGAGAAGCCCCAGUGUCCUCUGGCGUUAACCCCUUGUACUGACGACGAUGUGGUACCGGAACCGGAUACCAGGCGUACUUGGCAGUCCAGAAGUAUUUCGUUAGGCGUGCCAGGACGUGGUGCCCGGGGCGGUUCAGUGGACCGAGGAAGAGGUCGUGGUAGAGGGCUCUAUCUCGGGUACCAAAGGUCGACCUCUUACUACGACGAUGAGUCCAGAAGCGUGGGAAGAGGUGAACGACCAUGGCUGGAACGCAACGGUACCGGUGGGACCCUCAGCGGCAGCGGCGGCGGUAGUGGAGGUGGUAGCAGUGGCGGCGGCGGCGGCGCUGGAAGCGAAGUGGAUUGGAAUAGUUCCGCGUCAUCACCCCGCAAGGAGUUCGGGGUACGGGCCCGGACCGCCAACAUGGAAAGUUGGCGCCGGGUUCGUCCAGAUGAUGAACCAAGUGCCACCGAUUGGCGCAGUGGCAGUUUGAAUACGUCCGGAUUGUCCACCGGUUCGAGCUUGCGGGACAAGUGGUCACGUUCGACUAGCUGGCGCGAAGAGGAUAGAGGAACGAGCGAUGGUUCGGGGAUGGUCCGAUCUGGGAAUAGUUUGCAUUCUUCGGCAAGCAGUGAACGGAUCAGUUCAUCAUCUGGGGCAUAUAAACCGCGGCUGUCGGCAUUGAGCGGCGGUGGUGUGAGUGAUUUAAAUACUAGUGGAGGAGGCGGUGGCGGUGGAGAACGGAUAAGUGCAUUGCGGCGAAAUUGGGAUCCGGAGGACCAGCUUCCCGAGUGGGCAACAGAGAAUCCCUCGGAUUACGGUGGAAGCUUUGAUGCUAGUGGGGCGUUCCAUGAUUCCGAUAAUGACGUCGAUGGCAGGUUAGAGGACGACAGUAGUAAGGCGAAUCAUGUAGACAGGAAGACAGGUUCGGAUACGAGUUCUAGGAAGAGUGUUUCUUCAAAAGAAGGAAGUGCACCUAAGGAUGAACUGCCUAAUCACGUAUCGGAUAAGGAUGAAUUGCUACCGGAACCCAAAAAGGAGAGCACUAAAGAAGAACGUCGUGAGGUAGACCAAAAAGAUGAAGUUGAGUCCAGUAGAUCGAAAGAGGAUUCAUUAAGUGGAAAGGCACUUUCGUCAUCCCGUGAAUCUAUUAAUUCACAUCCUUCGUCUGUGGAAGCUCCCAAGGUAACCCAGGAAAUGGUGAUCGAAAGUGACAUCCCUAAACCAACCACUAACAACAGCAGUAACAUUCUGAACAAUGCUAAAUCCAACGAAUCUGGCAGUCAUAGCAUCGAGGCACAGCCCAGUGACGAACCGAAGAAGUCCGCGUCCAGCUCUAGUGUUGAUCGUAUGCAAGAAGUGGCCGAUGAUAUGGUUGCACAGUUAAUCAUGGACGAUGAAUAUACGGGUGGUAAUGACAUGGAUCCUACUCCAGUACCCCGAUCCAUCGACAAAUCGCCUGUUCUGGAUUCGCAAAUUCCGAUGAACUUACUGCUUCCGAAAGAUCCUGUAGCAAUGCAGCAGCUAUUCGGAGGAAAUGGCGGUAGUGCAAAUCGAAACAUGCUUCUUUCGGAUGUUAAUCGAUCUAUGUUGCAUGGCGUUGGGCCACAAAUGCCAUCUUUGCAUCCAGGAACGGAUAUUUGGUAUUACAGGGAUCCACAGGGUAAAGUUCAGGGUCCGUUCCCAGCGUCAGAAAUGACCGAGUGGUAUCGGGCGGGAUAUUUCGACGAUUCUCUCUCGGUGCGUCGAGCAUGCGACGAAAUAUACACGACUUUGGGGACGCUUGUAGCGCUCUGCAGCGGUGCCAUUCCAUUUUUGAACUCGAUGAAUAUACCACCGAUUAAGAGCAAUACUGUUAACUCAAAGCAACAGUCACAACCUUCUCCAGCUCCGACUAGCUCAUUCCAGCAACAAAAACCUGCCUCUACACUUCAGCACCUUCAUCAGCAAAAUCAGCCACUUGAUACAGACCUCUCAGCUCAGUUCCAGUUCACCAAAAAGCUUAAUCUUCUUAGGCAGCAAAGUAUCGUGAUGCAGAAACUAGAACAGUUCGAAAACUGGCGACUACUCACUCCGGAUCAGCAAAAUGCCAUCAUCGCUCAACAUGUGGCACAGCUGCAGUUGAGUGAAAGCAUGUUGAUAUCCCCAUCGCUUCCACCGCCAACCAGCUCAACGAACCCCCCGAAUUCGGCAAGUAUUUUCGGUGGUGUUGUGCCCCAACAAGAAUCGCUAGUCAAUCUCAAACAGGCGCAACAACAGCAUACCCAACAACAGGCUCAAGUACAGCAACAAUCACAACCACAACCCAGUCCUCAUCCCGUACUAGAACAGUUGCAAAAGUCCAACAGCCUGAACAGUCCGUUCCAGAAAAUGUCGAUACCCGAUUUCGGACAAUCCCAAACCGGACGGCCCAUGCUUGGCAACCUUAACGUCGAUCCUAUUGCCGGCCACGACAGUCUGGGACAGCUGAUUCAUAGCAUUAAUUUUAACCACCAACCUUCAGUACAAAACCUUCCGCUUAGCGCCAGCAUGCUGCUGAAACAUAAUAUGAUGAGUAACAUGACGACACAAUCCCAUCAGCAGCAGCAGCAGCAACAACAACAUCAAUCGCAACAACCACCCAUACCUAAAUCGAACAUAGAAAACGAUCCAAUUCAGUCGUUGUUGAUGCAACUAUCGAUGCAUAAACAGCAGCAGCAACCACCAUCAGCUCAACCAGCAAAGGCACCAGUGGAACUGAUGUCACCGUGGUUACAAACGCAAUCAAUGCCACAGCAUCAGUCAAGUUUACGCCCGCUGAGUAGUGGAUGGGGCGACCUGCCAGCGACGAGUGCAUCCUCGUUUGGUUCGUUAAUAACCCCACAACCGCCCCAAUCUCAGCCGCAGCCACAUUUGGGUGGUGGUCAUCCACUGAGCAAUGCAAAUGUUGCCAAUGAACCACAGGCCCCAUCGGUUGUUUCGCUGUUUAAGCACCACCAACAGGCCGAAAAGCAGAAUCAAGAGAAACUAAUCUCUGAGUCUCAACAACAGAAGCAGCAACAACAUCUGCCACAGCAUCAUCCACAACAACAACAACAGCAGCAGCAGCAGCAACAACAACAGUUGCACCACCAACAACAGUUGCAGCAACAAACCCAACAUCAUCAUCAUCAGCAACAACAACAACAACAGCUGCAACAGCAACAACACCAGCAGCAGCAAGCAAAUCAUCAACCAAAUCAGCAAUUCGAACGUACUCCGCAGAAGCAACCAAUGGAAAGCAUUGUCACUCAGCAACAAUACGCUCCGAAACCUGCCAAAGAGGACAGAAAGGAGCAGGAACAUUUCCAUCAGCAACAGCAAACCCAACAGCAACAGCAUCAAGCUCAUCAUUUCCAACAGACUGUCAAAGUAGAGAAGCAGCAAGUUACAAAAUCGAACAACAAGAUGGUUAACAACGUAGAUGUUGAAGAGCAGCUCGUUGCUGCUGCAAGCAAGACUGCCCCACAAAAGGGGAACAAAAAGCAACAUACAAAUCAGCAGCAACAGCAGCAUAAACAACAUCACCUGGAUGAUGAGCAAGGAGAAUUUAUCAAUCUUAAGAAAGAGAUGGAGGAAAAGAAACGACAAAAGGAGCUGAAGAAGCAGCAACAGGAAGAAAUCAAACGGAAGCAGCUUGAGGAAAAAAAGAAACAGGAAGAGAUGGAAGCUCAGAAAAAGGCUAAACUUCUAGAAGCUCAACGUCGUGAGGCUCAUAAGAUACAAGAACAGCAACCGCAACAACAACAACAACAGCAAGCUCCACCACAGCGCCCUGCUACCAAGGUUGCUCCGUGGUCUGCUUCCUCUGCCGAAACUGUUAAUAGCGGACCAAGCCUAGCAGAAAUACAAAAGGCAGAACGUGAACGUCGUGCCGCUUUGGUUCGUCAGGAGCAAUCGCUUCGGGAACAGCAACAACAGCAGGAAAUGGUUGAACUUCAAUCCCAGCUCGACAGUAAGCUUAAAUGGAACCCCCAGAAUUUGAUGCCUCAAAACAUCAAGUCUCUGGCGGAGAUUCAGGCCGAGGAAGCCGCCUCUGCGGAGCGUGCUCGUGAGAAAAAUGCCGCUGCCAUCACUGCGGCUGCCAUUGCAGCUUCCUCUUCGAAGCCUUCGAAGAAAGAUGAUUUGCUUGGAACGGCCGUCUGGCAGAGCCAUGGCAACGUCCUAACCUGGAACACUGCCAAACUUUGGGGAAACUCUGGCGACGAACAGAACAAUGUUAGCUCUGGAGGUUUCUGGGAGGAACCAAAUCCUUCUGCUAAGAACGGCCGUCAAAAGCAGAAUCACCAGCAGUCGGCUCACCAUCAACAACAGCAGCAGCAGCAACAGUCGCAGAACCAGAAGCAAAUGUUGAGCAAGAGCAAAACAAUGGGAAGCAUCUCGACUGCUUCGUCUUCGAAUGCUGUAGCAGCUGCCAAGCAGCAACAGCAGAAGAGUCAUCAUCAGCAACAGCAGCAGCACCAGCACCAACAGCAGGGUCGGAAUGCGAUUGCUAACAAGGGUUCGGGUGCUGGAAAAAAUGCUACUGGUUUCACUGGUGCCGGAGGCGAAAGAAAGGAGCGCGUAUCGGCGUCUGAUCAGACUAGUGAGUUCACCGGAUGGUGCACUCGUGCGCUUAUUUCGCUGAACAGCAACGUUGAUAUUCCGACAUUCGUUGGUUUUCUGCAGGAUAUCGAGUCACCAUUCGAGGUGAAGGACUACAUUCGAUUGUAUCUUGGCGAAACGAAAGAAUGCUCCGAGUUUGCCAAGCAAUUCCUGGAGAGACGCUCCAAGUACAAGAAUCUGAUGCGCCAAAAGAAUGCACACAUUGACGAUAUGUGCAAGCCCGCUCCGGCCAUCAAUCCCUCGUCCAACGAUUUCCAGGAAAUAAAGGGCAAAGGUAAGAAAGUGAAGAAAAACAAAAUGACCAAGCUCGAUAAUCGAAUUCUGGGCUUUUCGGUGACCGCUGCCCCGGACCGCCUGAAUGUGGGUGAUCGCGACUACGGCGAUAAUGCCUAAGUCGUCACCCUUUCCCCCUCCUACUAUACACACAGGCUAAGGAGAAAAACACACAUUUAGCAAUAAGUCAGAGAGGAAUUUUUUUUUCUUCGUUCUUGUUCAAGCAGCAGCACCACAGCAAAGUAAUUUCGUUAGCAAGCAAAAAUAGUUUAGCAUUCCCGGCCGGGCGUUCGUUAGAACGGAUAACAAAAAGUAAUAGUUUGAAGCCUGAAUGGUGACAAUAGCUCGCAAACAAGAAUCCAGCAUAGCCAAUGAAUCACAUUGUAGCUUCGAGCGCCGAGAUAUAAUUUCAAUGUAUGUUUGGAAAUUUUAAACCCUAUUUAUCAUUUUGAAUUGUAGAAGAGGAUCUGAAAUUUUGUGUUUCCCGAGCUAGGUUCCCCUUCACACAUUUCUGUAUUUCACUGUCAACGAGUUAAGGUUUAGUUAAUUGUUUCGUUUUCUGGAUUAGAAUUUAUUGUUUGCGUUUCUAAUACAAUAGGAUUCAAUACAAAUGCAAAACCGUAGAAUCGAUUCUGAGCUGGUUUUCAUGCGAGAACUACUUGCAAGACGCUAGAAGACGGGAACAGCUGAAUUCAGCCCAUGUUUUGAUGUGUAAUAGACCGGAAUUGGUUUACCAACGCGUGUGAAAAUGAUGUAUAAAAGAAAAUUUAAUUUAUUUCUGCAGAAGAGUUUUUUUUGUUGAUAUUUGCCACCACAAAACCGAAAAGUUCCGGUUGUUUGAUGGUUUUAACGUAGAAGGGUGACUCGUCAGCAUACCGAGAAGAAAAAGGUGAAUAAUAUUUUGUAUAGGUAUUUUGUGCCUUUCAUGUCCAAAGGUUAUUUUUGGGCAAUAUUCUAAUCGCUUAAUUGUGCCAAAUAAACGAAAAACGUAUCUACUUAAAGUCUUGCAUAAAAAGCUUUGACUCGGUUCCUUGAAGUUUACUCGGAGGUUCUCAACAUAAGUUUGGUGUUGUGCUUCAUGAAUCCUCGGUACCACAUAUGACCAGCCUUCGCAUUCUUAUUUCAACUUUCAGGAUAUUCGACUUUGAGUUUGACUGCCAACUGAUACGCCAAUUCCUUCCAUUCAUCACUACUGAGGUCCUAAUAACGAUUGAUAUACUUCAGGAUAUACGCCACGAGGUCUUUUCUUGCGUGGGAAGAAAAAUUGGAAAAAAAUAAAUUAGAAAUUACAAUAAUGUACAUACCAUCUUCGACGGAAUGUGCAUAUUAGAAAUGCAGAUGAAUUUCAACAAAUCAACAGCACUUACGGUGAAAAUAUCGGUUAAAUGAUUGAAAAUUUUUUUUCACAUGACGGAUCAACGUGAUCCUAACGAGUCCUUAUUUCCGGGUAGCCGCUCGUAGGAUAGUUUUCUUCAACUAUUUAUCGUUAUUGGCAUCCAAUAUCGCAUCAAAGUAUAUUUCUUUGGAUGUGGUUGCAACGGUUCUUUUUUGUAAAGUUGUCACACGAAUUGUGCGCGCUGGUCAGGGUUGAAAUUCCGAAAGCAAAAAAAAUCUGAUUUUACCGAAAAGGCCGCGGGCUCAAAAAUUUUCGUUAAUUUUUGUUUUGUAUGGGAAAAUGACUUAACCGUUGCAUUGACCCCGAAUCUAUCCUCGUUGAUUAUAGUGUUCUAUACUUGAUCCAUAUCUGAAGAACUAUUCCAUCUAUUUUUUUCAUAAAAUAAAUCGUUCCAAUCCAAAUAGUUCAAAGUUAAGUUUAUUAAUUAUUGAUCUACCUUAAAUUAUAUAUGAUUCGUUUGAAGCUAUCUAAGUGUAACUUAUUUUGAUCCUCUCAAUAUCAAUGACUGUCUUUUGAAGACUAAAAAUUUAACAUCUAUAUUUACGCAAACGUUGGAAAUAGUUUUAAUUCUCAAGAAAUAAAAGUUCUGGGUAAAUGACCAUCAGUUUAAAACCCAUAAUAAACAAAUAACAAUUACAAAUUACAAGUUUUCGCACGUUUCACCACAAAUUGGACCUCCACAUAAUUGUACACCCUUCUUUGAGGACGUACGUACUACAAUGGUGCAAAAAUCGAAAACGAACUACACCGUGUACUAAAUCUUGACAAAAACAAAUCAGCAGUACUGUAACAAUAUUCUACAUAAACUGAUUUAUUUUCAUGACGAUCUAACACACGGUAUGGGAAAAACUGAUUUUUCAGACUGGUGGUAUCCAACGGGGAAAACAGAUCGAAAUGGUGAGGAUUCGAACCUGCAACCCUUGAGACUUCGGUCCAAUGCUUUCGCUUAACUCACCAUUUCGAUCUGUUGUCCCCGUUGGGUACCACCAAAAAGUCUUAAAUAAGGUUCGCUCCCGCCAUACCUCAGUUAACUUGGCAAGGAACCAGAAAUCGACAGCCUUCAUUAGCUCUGUCACCCACCGAAGCACGAUGAUGAACUAAAAUUGAGCUAAAAUUAGACAACAGACGAUGAUAAAAACCCUGGCCUUGGUAUCUAGCGGGAAAUCUAAUGUGUUGGGUGGCAGCUGCGGUUGUGUAAUCUCGCUUUAGAGAUAGGAUACGAUCACUGUUGCGAUAAUCAUGAGUUCUUUCUGAGACGUCAUCAUAUCCCAGGGAUGGCAUAAGGGUUUGUGCAUUGGGCUGGAAUCCCAAGGGUUGCAUGUUCGAAUUUUUAUUCUGGCGGGAUUAUUACAGAUCAUUACUUUCACUUAAGUUAUCAUUUCGAUCUAUUUUCCCCAUUGGAUACCACCAAAAAGUCUUAAAUAAGGUAUUGUCGAAUCAACUGAGAGUCUUCGGUGCACUUAUUUAUAAUAACUCAAUAAAUAAGGACUCGUACACUUGUGUGAUAGUCCAACUAGGUGUGAAGUUGCUAUUACCCUUUAAAUUACUUUUUACCAUUCAUCCUUGAGUAAACACAAUACGGAAACGAAUGAUGGAUUUUCAGUCUGCAAAGCAACAUUAAAACUUUUGAGUAAAGUUAGGCUCUGUGGUGGCACAUAAAAUUCCAAUAAUAACAAUAAUACACAAUAAGGUCAUAACACAGAAGAGCAAAAUAGAAAAAUAGUAUAAUUGAUUAGGGGUUGCCAACCUAAUAGAUAAUAAAAAAACAAACCAUAAAAAAAUCUACUAAAUGCAUUUUAGAAAACGAGAAAAAAGCAAAUUAAAAUAUUGUAAAUGUGUGUUUUUCGAACCGCGCAGCCGCCUCGCGGUGGGGCGGAAAAUAAAAAAAAAACAAAAACCUGUGUGGUGUGGGAGGAGGCUACCUAGACCCAGUUUUAAGUUGAUGAAUAAACAACAAUAAAAAAAACAAAAUCGACAACUGUUAUUGCAAACUAUUACUACAUCUAUAGCUACUAUUAGGGAUAGGAGACAAAGAAGCGCAGGAAGCAACCAACAACUAGCCAUUUUUGAGUAAGAAGGAACCGAGAGGAGCAACUGAAUAAAGCAACAUAGUUAUCGCGCAGAGCCUUAUGAAGGUACGUACGUGACGGUGAAUAAUAAAGGAUGAGCUAGCCAAGCCAGCAAAAACCAAAAGAAUCACUGAAAUAAAAAAAAAUAGAGCUUCCAUCGAAUUGCGAAACACCAUCUUGUGAGCGUAGAGCAGACGAGGGAAAACUCAAUGAAAAAAAAAACAUCAACGUUGACACUAUUGCUACCAAGAGCUAUUGUUUUCUUUCAUUCGAUUUAUAAGCUGGGGUUCGGAGGCAGUUGAAAGAGAGGUAUUAUUUAAUCCUGAUCGAGCAGAAAGCUGAAGAAUUAAGCUAUUAUAAAAUAAAACAGAAAAAAAAUUGAAGACGAAUAACAAACACUACAUAUAAAACAAGUUUUGAUGAUGAUGAUGAUGAUGCUGAUUGAUUGUUUUACUAUAUUUGUUUACUAUUAUCCUUAUUAUACACCAACCAUUUUUUCUUUCUAUUGAAUAAUGGACUUGAUCCGGAUAAAAAAAACGUCUGGGUUCGGCAUCGAAACAAUGCGUAAGGGAAACGCAGAAGAAAAUGAAGAAGACGGGGGUUCUUUUCCCAAGAGAAGGAAACACUGUAAUUAGACGAAGAUAGAGGGGGAAAGAAAAAAAAUGAUAAUUUACACAAUUUCGUAUAUAAAGAAGGAAUAAAAAUUAGAAGUUAUAUAUCCUUGAAAAUUAAUCUAA